CUGUUGCCCUCACGUCAUUCUGGAAAUUAAGUGUCAGAGCGAAUGACCCAGUACUUUAUCGUGCAGUGUUAUAGUUUUGUGUUAAAGAAUAAUGGCAGUUUCAUGACGGGAUUAAAGGAUUUUGAAAGGCUUUCUUGAAACGACAACACUGGUUAAGAAAAGAGGAAAAAGGGAGUAUAGACCUGUUAUUUCUUUGGAUGGCUCAAACCCUGACAAAAUAUGAAUAAUAGAUUGGCUCCACAUACCUUGGGGAAAAUGAGCAGAUUAUUUCAGAUUAUGUGGCAAAUACAUGCUCGCAAGUCAGCAGCAUCACUUCCCUUGUGUGGUACCUCUCACUGUAGGAUUCAUGCACAGCAGCCAGCAUGCUACAAGGCUGGCUAUUGCAGCUGGAAGCACAUUCACCACCUGAGGCUCAGGGGUCGUAAAGGAUGGAUCUCUAAGGCUAGCCAGGUUAGGCAGCGGCUUGGACUCCACACAAGCACCCUGUAUUUGAACACUUCAACCUCAAAGUGGUCUGCUGGUCUGAGCCAACACAUGUCGCGGGUCAGGAGCACACUGGACACAGUUUCUAAAGCUGUGAGUGGGACACACACAGAUCUUCUGGCCAAAAUUGCCCGACUCAAACCUAAUGCUCUAAAGGCUGGAAAAAAUGCGGAGGCCAGUAUUGAGUCAACAGCAAAUGCUGAGGAGAAUGCAGUCACACCUAUUCCUGCUGCCACUUCUACAUCUACCACAACCAAACCUGUAGUAAACUCAUCAUCUGCCAGUCCGUCUCUUUCCAAUUCUGCUCCUACACUUGAUGCAAGUGCCACUACCUCCACUCAUCCUCACAGUUCUACCCAAGCAGCUGUCCCUGCCACAAUCCCAACUGUGCGUGAGGUUAAAGAGAAAAGACUGAGACGUGUUGUUCCCGCUGUCAAAGCUACUUGUGCCAGGAAGAAAGAGGAGCUUCCGCCUUCAUUGAAGGAGACAGAGAGCAAAACCACAACUUCCAAACAAAACACAGCACUUUUCCAUCCCAGCACGUUGUCAGUUAGCCUGGAUGAGACUUACACCUACCUAGCCCAUCACAUCAACUCAUACUUUGGCAGCACUACAAAGACUCAGGAUAAAACAGGGAGCAGUGUUGAAAAGUCCUCCAUUUCUUCUCAGGAUCAACAAACCUCAGACCUCAUCGCAGUGUCCGAUAAAACAGAAUCGCCCACUCCGGUUACCCCACCUUCGUCCAGGAGGGGUUUAGGACAGUACCUGUCCUAUUCUGCUCCCACUGUGCAAGCAUUUGUUGGGAACUACAUUGCUACCCUUGUUCCUAAGUUCAGGACAGCAGAUCCCAAAAAUGCAACAGUGGAGGAGAAGAAGCCUGAAGAUGUGUCAAUAAAACAGGUUGAGGCCACAAUCAGUAAGGAGCAGAAGGCUGCUGAGGAGAAAGCCAAGAAACUUCUACUUCAAAGGGAAAAGAUUAUUGCCAGGGUGAGUGUGGACAAUCGAACUCGGGCUCUGGUCCAGGCUCUCCACAGGGCAUCAGAUGUGAGGGUCUAUAUCAACAGGGUGGAGGACCUAAGUUACCACCUCUUGGAAUUUCCAGAGACUUGUGGUGUUGCAGUCAAGGAGAAGGUUAUCCCUUGUCUCCUCCGUCUGGAGCAGGCCAACGACCCUGGCCUGAGAGCAGCAGUUAGAGAAGCUCUCGCUCUGGUGGGCUAUCAUAAACCUGUUAAAGGCCGAGGCAUACGGAUCUUGUCCAUAGAUGGAGGAGGUUUAAGGGGACUUCUUGCCCUUCAGACUCUACAUAAGCUGGAAGCCCUGACUGGCAAGCCCAUCUACAAGCUGUUUGAUUAUAUCUGUGGUGUCAGCACAGGUGCUAUCCUGGGGUUCAUGCUGGGUGUGUUUCAAGUCCCUCUGAAAGAGUGUGAUGAUCUUUACCGGAAGUUGGGUUCAGAUGUUUUCAAGCAGAAUGUGAUUGUUGGCACGGUGAAGAUGGGCUGGAGUCAUGCUUUCUAUGACAGCGAAGCCUGGGAGAAGAUCCUCAAAGAGAAAAUGGGCUCUCAUCUCCUGGUGGAGACUUCAAGAAACCCUGAAUGCCCCAAGGUGGCAGCUGUGAGCACCAUUGUGAACCGGGGCACUUCUCUGAAGGCGUAUGUGUUCAGGAACUACAACCUGCUGCCCGGGUUGCGCUCGCAUUACCUGGGGGGCUGCCAGCACCAGCUGUGGCAGGCCAUCCGUGCCACUUCAGCAGCCCCUGGGUAUUUCCAGGAGUUCACUCUGGGGAAUGAUCUCCACCAGGUAUGCUACAAACUUGUUUGUUUUAAAAGAAGAGUCAAGAAUUCAAGAUUUCUCUGUGUCCAAGUCAGGAGCUGCCUCAUUGACUUCUCAAACUUCCCACAUUUCUUUGCUGAUGGAGGUCUGUUGAUUAACAACCCCACUGCACUUGCUGUCCAUGAGUGUAAGUGUUUGUGGCCCGAUACGCCCUUGGAGUGUGUGGUCUCACUGGGUACGGGCCGCUUCGAAGCUCCUGGCAAGAACAGCAAGACGUAUACAAGCCUCAAAACCAAACUCACCAACGUCAUCAGCAGUGCCACAGACACUGAGGAGGUUCACGCCAUGCUCGACGCUUUCCUACCUCCAGACACUUACUUCCGCUUCAACCCCCACAUGAGCGAAGACAUAUCCCUGGAUGAGAACCGGCAGGAGAAGCUCAACCUGCUGCAGGCUGAGGGCGUCCGUUAUCUGGAGAGGAACGAAGAGAAGCUGAACAAAGUUGCUCGCAUCCUCACCCGUGAGAAAAGCUCCGUCCAGAGGAUGUCUGACUGGGCCAGGCUCAGAGCUGACAUGUAUAACAGCCUGUCCUUUAACUCUUCCAGGUUUUAGAUCCAACACAAACCACAUUUCCAUAGCCAACAUAUCCACUAAAUGUCUUCCAUUACUAAAAACUGCUUACAAGAGGUGGUGUUGCAAUGUGUCAUAGUUGUUGACUUCCUGACCUGUAAGUCUGAUGAACAUGGUGUAAAUAUACGUUGGUUAUGUGUCCAACAUGCUAAAUGCUACGUAGCCCUUGAUUCCCCACUGACACUUUAAUGGUGAUUUUAGUGUUAAAGUGCCAACAGCUUUGGCAGUCGGCACAUUAACAAUUUUCACAGCCAGAAUUUGUUAUAGUUGCCAUUGGUGUGUAACACUCAUCUCAGCAUAGUUGCAUUCAAAGAAUAUGUUUUAGACGACUUGUGGAUUUGUCAACUUCAUAACAAAUGCAUUCACAGGAACAUUUCAAACAUUUUGGGGCAAUAUGCUUUUUACCUUUCUUGCUAAGAUCCAUGCCACUGUUGUAUGAUGAUUAUAAGUUGCUUAGAAUACAGGCUGGAAUCAGGAGAACAGAAUGUCUCUUUCUCAAGGUGACAAAAUACACUUACUUAGCCGUUUCCCUAUUUCUAGUCUUUAUGCCACAUUAAGCUAACUGGCUGCUGGCAGUAGCCACAAAAUUACCGUACAGAUAAGUGAGAAUGAGAGCAUGUCUCCUAAAAUAGUCCUUUCAAAAGCAGAACUCAAACGCCGUCCUACAGCAGUAACAGUUCUCCCCAAGUGAGCACUUUUAAACCAUUUGUUUCUUUUCCUAUAUUUUUUAUGACAACCACUCUAUCCUCACGUACCCGUUUCUUUACCUGUUAUUGUCACAGAAAACAAAAUGUACAAAUGAGCUUUAUGCUCUGUUGAAAUAUUUAUCAUAUGUGCUAAGCUAUAAUCAGCCUAUAAAACUGUAAAACUUAAUUGUAAAGAAAUUACAGGGAAAAUAAUAUUUUUGUAACCUAAUUAAGGUCAAUCUGAGCAUCUAAUGCAAGUGGCACUUCUCAGUUGUAAUGACAAUUAUUUGCACAUUCAAACUGUAAUUAUAUAUUGAUGACACUAACAUUGGUACACGAGGGCCCACGACAAGCGCUACAGUAUUAUAUGUGAUUCUUAUAUGCAUAUCGCGAUAAAUGAUAAUGAUUGAAAUGAAUAGUAGAUAUAUACUUUAAAUGCGGAUGCAAAUUAAGCCUCACUGUCAUGACGAUAUGUCUUUUAUGUAUUAUUUUAGCCUCAGAGUAUUUUAGGUUCAGUUGUUUCCAAAGCUUUUAUCAUUGUGUGCUUGAUUGUUUGGUUUUAUGGAUUCCCCACAGGCUAUUCACAUUUUCGGCUUUGUCUUUAGCCUGCCCUCUUUCCCUUUGAUGACCUUUGAUGCCGUUUCUCAAAAGCCUCUUUCACCCUUUCUACCUUGAAGUGCUGUGUUUUAGUCCCCGCUCUGCUGUACUAUAACGUUUGUUGAAAUCAUGCAGGUUGUAUCUAAAGCCCUGCUUUAAACAGAUGGCUGCUCAUUGAUUUGUUAUGGUGGUGACUUAUCUUCAUAUGCUGCUACAUGUACUGCACUGCAGAUGUCUGUUUUCAUGCCUAACCUGGUCAAGUACUGUACAACAAUGUGUUGAUCACUCCCAGAGGACCUGAAAUAAAAUGGAUACAGAUAUCUCCCAGAUUAAUAUAAUUCCACUGUUCUCCUGUUGGUCCUGUGUAAAGACUGUUCAAGAGUGUAAUUAAAACCUGUCACGGAA